ACAUGCUCCAGACGACGUACCGGAAGUUUUCGUUUCUCGUUGGAGGCUUCAGCGGUGUCAUCAAUGUCAACAUUGGUUUAUGAAGCUGGGCCAACAUGCUACGCAGUGUAGGAAAGUAAGUCAAGACAAUUCUGCUACUCAACGGCCGCCGUCAAUUUCAAAUGUGUCGUUGACAUCCAUUUCUGCGCAAGCGCUACCGUCUUCACCUCGUCAAGAGAAUGCUACAUCUGAGAAGGAAACCAGACCACCUGCUACAAGGAAUGUGUCAGUAGAUGGUGUGAGCGACGCCAAUCUUGAAUCUAGCGGUUUACAAAAGGCUAAGGAAGACCGAGAGCUAUCGUCGUGGCAACUAAUACGGGACAUGUCUGUUGAUGAUAUCUUGAAACAACCUCCACCUAGAACAGUCCAAACGAUCAAACCUGCAACAAAGGCGCUGUUUCAAGAAUGUUGUUUAUUAGUUCUUCGCAGAAUCCGUCAAAACCUGGCAGAUGAGACGGCCUGGAAACUUCUAUUUCUACUUCCAAGGAUGUUGUUGCGACCAUUGUCAAGAGGAGGGCGAGCAGUUAUUAAGGAAGUGAGAUCGCUAUACAGUCAAUUCCUAGAUUUCCAUUGGGAAGGUUUGAUCCAGUUUAAUGAAAACAAUACGUGCGCAUCUAGACGUGAGGCAGCAUCUCAGUCACAAAGAGCUGCACUCAGACUUGUGAAGUGUGGAGAACUCUCCAGGGCAGCCAAGGUAUUAACAAGCAAAGGUUUGGCUCCGUCUACAGCUGAUACAGUGUCCAAACUUAGGGCAAAACACCCAUCUAAGGAGGAUGAUAGUGAUCCACUGCCUGAUUGCCCCAGCUCUACAUCUUUUUCACUGUCAAUGUCAGUGUUGCUUAGUGUCAUCAGGGAUUCACCCAAGGGCUCGGGAACUGGGCCGUCUGGGUGGCGAUACGAAUAUUUUAGAUGCAUGAUAGAAAAUGAGGAGCUAGCUGAAUGUCUGCAAGCUGCAUGUGCAGGCAUUGCAAAUGGAUGCCUUCCUGGCUCAAUACCGGAACUUUUGUCUUCCGCUCGGCUUAUUGCACUACCGAAACCUAAUGGUGAUGUAAGACCAAUAGCCAUAGGUGAAUCACUUCGACGUCUUACCGCAAAAUCAAUUUGCAGGCAGAAAAGGGGCUGUUUUUCCAACUUCUUUGAGCCUGAUCAACAUGGAGUGGCUACAGCUUGUGGAAUAGAGCUGCUAUAUCAUCAUGUUCAACUUCUUCUGGAGGGCAGGCCGGACUAUAUCGUUCUCAAAACGGAUGUCAAGAAUGCUUUCAAUUCACUACACAGGCAUCAUCUCCUUGAACAAGUCUCUAAUUUCCACCCAGAAAUUUAUCCUCACGUUCGUCAAAUGUACUCCCACAGUAGCUCUCUGGUCUACCAGCAAGGCGAUUGUAUUGUCAUCAUUCCAUCUGAAGAGGGAAUCCACCAAGGGGACCCCUUGGGUUCAGCUCUGUUCUCAACCGGUAUACAUUCAGUUCUGUCAGAUUUAAAGGGUUCAUUUCCUACUGUCAGAGUUCUUGCCUACCUAGAUGACAUCUUUUUGGUGGGGGAGAAAGAUGAUGUUCUGUCGUCCCUGGAUUAUCUAAGACCAGCAUUCUCUAAUAUUGGUCUUCAAAUUUCUUCCAGCAAGUGUGAGAUCUAUUCCCCAUCUGGACCUCUGAUGUCAGGCAGAUCUGAUCUAGAUGCCAUACCUGUAGUUAGCGAUGGGACUAUAGUUCUUGGGGCUCCAAUAGGCAAGAGAGAGUAUGUGUCUGCAGCCUCUAGCCAAUAUGCUGAGAGUGGAAGGCUGUUGUGUGAGCAGUUGAUGAAGUUGGGAGAGGUACAGAGUGCAAUGCUUCUUUUACGAUUCUGCCAUGUUCCUCGCAUGAACCAUUUAGCACGUUUAGUUUGCCCUGACAGACUUCAGGCAGCUGCCGAGGUCCAUGAUAAGAUUUCUCGUGAGACCUUCACUCACGUAUUGGGAUAUAGUCACCUCACUGACUCUUCCUGGAUGCAAGCUACACUGCCGGUCAGGUUUGGUGGUUUCAGCAUGUCACCAUGCCUCAGCACUUCUCGAUUUGCUUUUCUUUCGUCCUGGGUUCACACUCUGGUUCAUCUGCCUAUUCGUUAUCCAGACCUCAAAUCCGCACUGGAUCUUCUAGUCAACUCAAAUGGUGUCGAGGAAUCGAUAGCAUUUUCGCUGAUGCAGGCUGGCAGUGAUGGGACAGAUAUUACUGAAAUGAUUCAAGUUCCAACUAAACUACAACAGAGGCUGACACGGCAACACGCUAAAGAAAAGACGUCAGCAAUGAUCGAGAAGGCCCCCUCCCAGCGAGAUGCUGCUAGGCUAAGAUCGAUUCAAGGCAAGGGCGCUGGAGCCUGGCUGAAUGCUAUGCCCACCUCAAAUAAGCUCGCACUAGUUUCCCGCGAUUUUCGUUUGGCGGCUUGCUUGAGAUUGGGGUUAGCCAUGCCCUUCGAUGGCUGUAUUCGUCAGUGUGACUGUGGUUCUUUUCUGGACAGUUGUGGAUACCAUCUCCUAACAUGUAAGUGGGGCGGUGGUCCAGUCUGGACCCAUGAGUGUAUUGCCAAUGUAUGGUCAGACUGUCUGCGCAGCUUACAAAUGCACCAUCACAGAGAGCCACGUCAUCGAUACAUUACAUCUGACAACCGCCCUGACAUAACAGUUUUCGAUGUUGGAUCAGGGUCCAACACAGAUUUAGACAUUUCGCUAGCACAUCCCUGGAGCAGUGAAGUGACAUGCUUGGGUGAAGGAUUGGGAACAAUGACCGCACAGGUAGAAGUUGGAGACCUUCUUGAUAUGUUUGAUCUAGAAGGCAUGCUUCUCAAACGUACCAAUGGUCGGAUUGUCGAAUCAAACUCUGGACAGGUCUAUUUCUGGCAUCGACUUCCUUGA